AUGGCCGCCCCCGGCCCACCGCCCCCCACCAGCCACGCGCCCCCCGACGUGCCCUCGGGGCUCGCGCUGUUCCUCACCACUCCCUUCGCCUUCUUCCUUCCCGAGCUGGUGUUUGGGUUCUGGGUCUGGGUCCUGGUGUCCGCCACCCACGUGGCAAACCCGCUGCUGCAAGGAUGGGUGUUGUAUGUCUCGCUGACCUCAUUUCUCAUCUCCCUCAUGUUCCUGUUGUCUUACUUGAUUGGAUUUUACAAGAGAUAUGAGUCCUGGAGAGUCCUGGACAGCCUGUACCACGGGACCACCGGCAUCCUGUACAUGAGCGCGGCUGUCCUGCAGGCCCACGCCACCAUCGUCUCUGAGACUCAGGACCUGGGCAACUACAUGACAAACACCGCGGCCACGUUCUUCGCCUUCAUCACCACCCUGCUCUACGUGCUCCACGCCUUCAGCAUCUAUUACCACUGA